AUGAUUCCAUUGUUGAAAAUGAUGUCGCAUGGUAUAGAACAAGAGGCAAUUAUUGCACUAAAUAAGUUGGAAGAUGAUUCAGAGUCAUCAUUAUUAGGUUUGACAAUUUCAAAAGUACCAUUGAUUUCAGGAGAUUCUAUGAUCUCAGAAAUUCCAGAUACUGAGGCUAUUGUGGGUUUGACAACCUUGGAAGAUUUAGAUACUGAACAUUUGGCUUUACUUAUUAUAUGGGGGUUCUCUAGCAAAAGGUAG